AUGCGCACGGCUAGAAUGGAGGAGGAAGACCCACGGGAAGUGUACCAUCAUGAUCUCAGGAAGCCUUUGGCGGCUGUGCUUGCCAGACUUUCAAGCUGGGAUGACUGGGAGAUGGACGACCCAUGGUGGAUAUGGCUCGCAUCAGUUGGAUUGAAAUUCCACAACAGGGCAUACCGCUCCGAUUACUCAAUGCAGAACCCGGAGCUGUGGUCCAAAACUUUCAGGACGAUUCAACAGAUGCAUGCAGCCUAUGAAGUGCGCGUGAUCGACCUUGGCACAGUGACACUGAGCAUAGAUGGCGCCCAGCUCUCAUUUCCAGCCAAUCUAACAGCAAUUUGCUAUGGAGGAUUGGGCGCGGAGUAUCAGGAGCUUUGGAAAUCUUUGGUUGAAUAUGACACGCACAGAAAGGAGAUGUACUUCAAAUAUUCUUUGCUGGCUCAAAGAGGCCUCGCUGGAUUUGAGGAUAAGCUUCCGCAGGGCCUCCCACAGUAUUUUGACUCUGGCAUUGGUUGGAUAGACUACAUGAACAAUGCCUUAGUCUUCACUGAUCCUGGCAUCACGCUGCGCGUUGCAAGCGUUUUGAACGUCAAAGCUCCAUUCAGACUCAUUGGCGAAGCCAAGCUAUGA